AUGUUCGGGAUAGGUAAAAGAAAGACAGAUUCAGAGAAGGAGGCAAAACCGAAGAAGGACCUCAUUAAGGUCUCUGUUCCUUUUGAGCACCCCCCUGCCUAUCUGAAGCCCCCUGCUGAGAAAAAGCUUACCGAAGAGGAGAAAGAGAAAUACCUCACAGUCCUCAAACAUUUUCAGGAUCCAGGGCUUAAGGUUCCUACCACCGAGCAUCACAAGGGCGAUUUGCAGCCUCUAACUGCCGACCAAAAAGCAUGGCUUACUAGAGAAUGUUUCCUGAGAUAUUUGCGCGCUGCCAAGUGGGACGUGUCCCAAGCAAUCAAAAGAAUUGAAGGAACGCUGGGUUGGAGAACCGAGUUUGGUAUUACCCACUACCUUGACGACUCGAAAAACAUCGUCACUCCCGAACUAGUUGCACCAGAAUCAGAGACAGGCAAGGAGGUUGUCUUGGGUUUUGACAACCAAUGCAGACCAUGUCUUUACCUCAAGCCGGGUCGCCAAAAUACAAAAACAUCCUUCAGACAAGUCCAACAUUUGGUUUUCUUCCUAGAGAGAGUCAUUGACUUUAUGCCCUCGGGUCAAGACUCUCUUGCGCUAUUGAUCGAUUUCAAAAACCAUCCCGAAAUUGCGGCGCAAUCAGAAACUUCCAAGGUGCCUCCAUUGGGCGUCGGCAAGCAAGUGCUACAUAUUCUUCAGACACACUAUCCCGAAAGACUUGGUAAAGCAUUAUUGACCAAUAUUCCCUUUUUGGGCAGAACUUUUCUAAGGCUGAUAUAUCCUUUCAUUGAUCCUCUAACGAGAGAGAAGCUUGUGUUUGACGCAGACUUCUCCGAGUUCUGUCCCGCAGAGCAACUAGACAAGGAAUUUGAUGGUCUGGUGGACUUCGAAUAUGAUCACGAAGUGUACUAUCCUGCGCUUGUCGAGAUGGCGCACAAGAAGAGAGCUCAUUACAUGAAGAGAUUCAAGGAGUUAGGAGAAGUGGUUGGGCUGAGCGAGGUCGAUCUUAGAGGAGAUGGCCCCGCCACCGUUCCGGUUGGCUCGCACCCUUCGGAUACAAAAGUGGAUGACUUGGCAGAUAAGACGGCCAAUUUAAGCGUUGAGUAGCGAUAUAGAGAUUAAUUACUCAUACAGUAUCGUAGAAACGAGAGUGUCUCUUCUCUCCUCAAUCAUCUGGAGACGCACUUCUUUUACGUUCAUUCUCAUCUUCAACACCACUCUCUUCUUCAUUCUCUGGUAGAUUGUUGAGAAUUUCUCUCAUGUCUUCUGUCAGUGCACCUAGACCAAUUGCGGUAAAGUAAUUGAUGGAAAACCGCAACCUGUCGGCGCCGGAGUUCGGAAAAAGACCCCUGAUGUACGGCUGGAUAUAUUCCUCCGAAAGGCGGACUCUCAGAUUCUUCAAACCCAGUUCUUCCUGCAACUUCACAAACAGAAACUUGAGGAAAAUUCUGCUGGCACUGUUGGUACUCUCCUCUGUUAGUUGCACAAUUUGCAAUAUCUCCCAGCCCAUCUUGUCCGAGGCAAACAUGUGUCCCCAAAAGGAUCCUAUAUUUCGUAUCAGAGACAGCUCAUACUGAUGACAGUUUGUGUAAUUGUCGACAAAUACCUGGUCAAAGGCCUUGGUCCAAUUGCGAUUGACAGAGAUCAGCUUUUCGCCAACCAGGGCAUAAUACUUGGAGUACGUUUUCUCCUGAGCACAACAUUUCACUAUCAUGUCCACUAGCAUUUGCUCCUUUCGUCCAGGAUCAAUGGGUUGCAACUUUAGCAAUUUGUGGACAGCUUCCUCAUGGUUGAUACUGGACAUCAUUGUCAAAUAAACGGUUUUCUGGAAGUUGGUGAGUGCCGACUCUGUAAGGUCUCGGAUCUGCUCUUUGGCCACAUUGUCUGCUUCGUCGUCUUCACUCUCCUCAUCGCUCUCAUCGUACGAGCUAUCCUCUUCAUAUCCUAAAAUCUGCUUUCGUAAUUCAUCAUAAGCUUGUUCGUGCUUUUCAUAAUCCUGAUCGAAUUGAAAAGUAUUUAGUAUUUCAUGCGCUUUCAGUUUAUCGUCAAGGUUUAAUGUAUGCGUCACUUUAUCCUCGUCCUCAACCAAAUCGAGCUCCUCCACAAUCACAGGAGCUCCGUCGUAAUCGUUUUUCCUCUGCUUAAAGGCCUCCAGUAUGAGCAAUUGUAUUCUCUUGGAAACCAGAUCCUCGGUCAAAAUGGUACCCAGACGCUCAAAAACGGCAUUAAGAGCAACAGAAGAGUUCUCUGAUAGAAAUUUCCCACAAUUUUGCAGCAACGCACAAGCAAUUUCCACCGUAGUAUCAGUUGGAUGCUCUAAUAGUAAAAAUAAAAGCUGCAACGCAACGAUAUCGUGACAAACCUGAUAAUUGACUAGUUGAGACAAAAAAAUCACAGACGCCUUAGACGUAUCUCUGUCGUCAUUCUUGUAGGCCUUUCGGAACUGCAAAAUCAACCUCGUGACUAGAAGCUCUCCAAGCUCUGGUAUUUUUGAAUUGAGCACACAAAUCAGAGCAGCGUAGACAGUUGUGUAGGCCUGCGACAAGAUCUGGGAUUUCAUUAGACAUCGUACGAGCCAACCCUUGCCUCGAAUGAGGUUGAGUUUGAAAAGUUCCAAUACCACUUCCUUGAUGUUCUCUGUGUUCACUUUAUUAAUUUCUCCGUUUAUUUGUUUCUUGAGUUUUUCCCAGUGCAAUCUUUGGUACUCUUCGGAUGCGUACGACACAUCAGACUCCUCCAGCAAGGCUUUCAGCUUUGCCGGCGGCACAUAUUUCUUUGAAUCU